GUUUCCGGGCCGCCCUAGUCACGUGACAGGAAGAGGACGCCGCCGCGGUUCCCUGUUGCGCGGCAGCGGCCGGGUCUUUGCGAGCGGCGGCGGUGGCUGCGGCGUUAAAUGGGCUGGAGGCGGAGCCGGAGCCGCUGCGCCCUGAGGAGGAGACACGCCCCUGUCUUUGCGCUCGCCUGCCCGGGCCCCGCGGUAAGGGGGAGUUGGCCCCGGUAACCCCGCUCCGCGCAGAGACCGGGCAGCACCGCCCCCUGUGGCUCUAGCUGCGAACAGCCCCCGCCCCGUGUGUCAGUGCCCGGUCCCCGCCGCGGCGGCGCCGCGCCAGUCUCUCUGGUCUGGAGGGGCGGCCCCGGUGUAGUGACCGCGCCAGGGCUCCGCUCUCCCUGACCGCCAGGCGCCCGGCCACCAGCGGCGUUUCGUCCCCCGCGCCCCGCGCAGUCACGGCGGUGACCGGCACUGAUCCCGGCCGGGCCCCGCGAGCAGAGGCCGGCGCUGCCUGCGGGCGCCUCGCGGCUGUAACAGGUGUCCCCUGGCACCGCGCGCUGGUCGAGGGCCGCGGUCCCCGCCGGGCCAGUCUGACAGCGCUCUGCGCAGUCCGCCUCGCACCUUCCCGCACCAACAAGGAAAAACGAUCUGAGAGAAAAUGACUGCAAUCAAGCAUGCCUUACAGAGGGAUAUUUUCACUCCAAAUGAUGAACGUUUAUUGAGCAUUGUGAAUGUGUGCAAAGCAGGCAAAAAGAAGAGAAACUGCUUUUUGUGUGCCACAGUGACAACAGAACGUCCAGUGCAAGUAAAUGUGGUCAAGGUGAAGAAAUCUGAUAAGGGCGAUUUCUACAAAAGACAGACAGCAUGGGCACUUCGAGAUCUUGCUGUUGUUGAUGCCAAAGAUGCUGUUAAAGAAAAUCCUGAAUUUGACUUGCAUUUCGACAAAGUGUACAAAUGGGUUGCCAGCAGCACAACAGAAAAGAACACUUUCAUUUCAUGUAUCUGGAAACUGAACCAGAGAUAUCUUAGAAAGAAAAUUGACUUCAUAAAUGUUAGUGCCCAGCUUUUGGAAGAAUCUGUUCCAAGUGGAGAAAAUCAGAGUGUAACAGGAGGAGAUGAAGAAGCUGUGGAUGAGUAUCAAGAGUUAAAUGCAAGAGAGGAACAGGACAUUGAAAUAAUGAUGGAAGGUUGUGAAUAUGCCAUUUCUAACGCUGAAGCCUUUGCAGAAAAGUUAUCCAGAGAGCUGCAGGUGUUAGAUGGGGCAAACAUCCAGUCAAUCAUGGCCUCUGAGAAACAAGUGAACAUCCUGAUGACGCUGCUGGAUGAGGCUCUGAAGGAAGUGGAUCAAAUUGAGCUGAAGCUGAGCAGUUAUGAGGAAAUGCUACAGAGUGUAAAAGAGCAAAUGGAUCAGAUCUCAGAAAGCAACCACCUAAUUCAUCUCAGCAACACGAAUAAUGUGAAGCUGCUGUCGGAGAUAGAAUUCCUAGUUAAUCAUAUGGAUUUGGCAAAAGGUCACAUAAAGGCCCUCCAGGAGGGGGAUCUGGCAUCUUCUCGAGGCAUUGAAGCCUGCACUAAUGCAGCUGAUGCCCUUUUGCAGUGUAUGAAUGUAGCUCUUCGACCAGGACAUGAUAUGCUUUAUGCAGUCAAACAGCAACAACAGCGGUUCAGUGACCUACGUGAACAAUUUGCACGGAGACUUGCCAGUCAUCUGAACAAUGUGUUUGUUCAGCAGUUUGCUCAGACCCUUCUUCAGCUCUAUAACAGGUCCUACUAUCUUUCGGUUUCUGGUCAUGACCAAAGUUCCACGCUUGCCCAGCACUCUAUUGAGCUGACAUUACCCAAUCACCAUCCCUUUCACAGAGACUUGCUUCGAUAUGCCAAAUUGAUGGAGUGGCUAAAAAGUACAGAUUAUGGAAAAUAUGAAGGGUUAACAAAGAAUUACAUGGAUUAUUUAUCACGGCUAUAUGAAAGAGAAAUUAAAGAUUUCUUUGAGGUUGCCAAGAUUAAGAUGACGGGCACAACCAAAGAAGGAAAAAAGUUUGCUACACUGCCUCGAAAAGAAAGCGCUGUCAAACAGGAAACAGAGAGUCUUCAUGGAAGUUCUGGAAAAUUGACUGGGUCUACCUCUAGCCUAAAUAAACUCUCCGUUCAGAGUUCAGGAAAUCGCAGGUCUCAGUCAUCCUCACUGUUGGAUAUGGGAAACAUGUCUGCCUCUGACCUUGAUGUGGCUGAUAGAACUAAAUUUGAUAAGAUCUUUGAGCAAGUUCUAAGUGAACUGGAGCCCCUGUGUCUAGCAGAACAGGACUUUAUUAGCAAAUUCUUCAAACUACAGCAGCAUCAAAGCAUGGGAACAACAAUGAAUGAAGUAGAGGAAAUGGAUGGAGGAACUUUAUCCCGGCCUCAUAAUUCUGGUGUUCCACAAGCUAUAUCAUCUGAGAAAGACAUGAUCCGACAGAUGAUGAUAAAAAUAUUUCGCUCUAUUGAGCCAGAGCUGAAUAACCUUAUAGCUCUGGGGGACAAGAUUGAUAGCUUUAAUUCCCUUUAUAUGUUAGUUAAGAUGAGUCACCAUGUAUGGACAGCACAAAAUGUGGACCCAGCUUCCUUCCUCAGCACAACACUUGGAAAUGUUUUGGUGACUGUCAAAAGAAACUUUGACAAAUGCAUUAGUAAUCAAAUAAAACAGAUGGAGGAGGUAAAGAUAUCAAAGAAGAGUAAAGUUGGGAUCCUUACAUUUGUUGCUGAAUUUGAAGAAUUUGCAGCACUGGCUGAAUCUAUUUUCAAAAAUGCAGAGCGUCGAGGAGAUUUAGAUAAAGCUUACAUAAAACUUAUAAGAAGUGUUUUCAUCAAUGUGGAGAAAGUAGCAAAUGAAAGCCAGAAAACACCCAGGGAUGUGGUCAUGAUGGAGAACUUCCACCAUAUUUUUGCAACUCUCUCUCGUUUGAAAAUCUCAUGUCUUGAGGCUGAAAAAAAAGAAGCUAAACAGAAAUACACUGAUCAUCUCCAGUCUUAUGUCAUCUACUCAUUGGGACAGCCUCUUGAGAAAUUAAAUCAUUUCUUUGAGGGUGUUGAAGCUCGUGUGGCACAGGGCAUAAGAGAAGAGGAAGUAAGUUACCAACUGGCUUUCAAUAAACAAGAGCUUCGCAAAGUUAUAAAGGAAUAUCCUGGUAAGGAAGUGAAGAAGGGAUUGGAUAAUCUCUAUAAGAAGGUGGACAAACAUCUUUGUGAAGAAGAAAACUUACUUCAGGUUGUAUGGCAUUCUAUGCAAGAUGAGUUUAUACGCCAGUACAAACACUUUGAAGGCUUGAUAGCUCGUUGCUAUCCUGGAUCAGGUGUUACCAUGGAAUUCACUAUCCAGGACAUCUUAGACUACUGCUCCAGUAUUGCACAGUCUCACUAACUUCUACAAGGGGAAAAGGCUUGAAAAAUAUCAAGUACUAUGAAUGUUACUUGCUUUAACAAGAUGGAAUAAGAAGCAUAUGUAUUCUUAAAUGUUCUAUAAAUGUCUAGUCAUAUUUCCAUCUUGGGAUAUAUUUCAAUGCAGAAUGAAAUGUCUAAAUAGCAGUGUUGCUUUCCUGCCCAGUUGAAGCACUGUUUUAAAGCAUUAAAUUCAUGAAACACUUAAUAUUUAAUUUUUCUCCCACUGGUGCCCUGUUUUUUUUAAAAUUUGUAACUCUUUCUUGCUAACAGCAAUUACCUUUGUAUAUUCUUAGCACCUUGAAAGGACACUACAGUCAUCUGACUUCACACUAGUACUGUGCAUGCUGGUAAUUAUGUAACCGUUAAAAAGAUUGUACAGAAUUAGGUUUUUUUCUGCCUCAAGCUGUAAUAUAUAGAUUUCAGUCAAUGAAAGUACUAACUAAAUUCAUGUUUUGAGAAUUAAUGUCACUGUCUGUGGCUGUAACUCUUCUGAUCUUAAGUAAAAAUAAUCUUUCAAAUAUAAUGUCCUAUAAA